UUGCUUCGUCCCUCCCCCGCUCCCCAUGAGCAAUCAAUGCUCCGCUGCUCGAACGCAACUGCAUUCUUUUUCCUUCGCCCCCUCCGCGAACGCCACCAAGCUUGGCUGGGAACGCAGGGCAGGAGCAACGCCUCAUCAUCUCGCUUCAUUGCUCGCCUUCACAGUCCCUAUCCGUACGCAUUUCAAAAUCCCACAUUUAUCGAGUCCCUUUCUCCACUACCGUUGAGAGUGAUAGGAAGCAAGUGAUGGAGGAGCGAGCGAGGAAGUACGGCGGCCUUGCCAGUCCGGAGAGCGCCCGCGAUUGGGCGGAGCCGCCAUCGCCGCCGCCGCCGCCGCUGCCCCAGGGGAGGAAGAUCCCCGUGGUGUAUUACCUCUGUCGGAACCGCCACCUCGAGCACCCUCAUUUCAUCGAAGUCCCCCUCUCUUCCCCCGACGGGCUGUACCUGAGAGAUGUGAUCGAUCGGCUCAACGUGUUGAGAGGAAAGGGAAUGCCCGCCAUGUAUUCGUGGUCUUGCAAGAGGAGCUACAAGAAUGGAUUCGUGUGGCAUGACCUCGCCGAGGAUGAUCUCGUGCUCCCGGCUAAUGGCAACGAGUACGUUCUCAAGGGCUCCGAGCUCUUAGAUCAGUCUCCUUCAGAUCGGAUUCAUCAAAGCAAUGGCAACAGCAGGUUGCUGAACUUGAAGCCCCAGCAGCAAGAGAACCCCGCGAUUUCAAGAACUCAAGAAGCCGCCGGUUCUUCCUCCUCUUCCCCUGCCUCAUCUGCAAUCGAACAGCCAAAGCCACCGCCUUCCCCUCGCGACGAUGAGCAUUCCCCUUUGCUUCAUUGUCCAGGUCUUGGAUCCCCAAGGCCUCCAGCAUGGGAGAAGAGUUUGGUGGGUCCAACAGAGUCCCGAGCUUAUAAGUCCGUCAAUGCUGCAGAUGCUUCGACUCAGACGGAUGACGACGGAGAGAUGAAUGCCCGUGGAGGUCGUGCCAUCUUCACCCGAGGAAUUUCAACUGAUGACAGCUCGGUGGAUCUUGAAUUUGAUAAGAGGCUGCGGAACCAUGACCAGCGAUCCAAAGAGCACUUAGAGACUGGUGGGGAUGCAAUUUCACCGGCACCAACUUCGUGGAGCAAUUCAUCCUCUAGUGGGAAGAUGGAGACCUUGGAAUCUUUAAUUAGAGCUGAUGCCAGUAAGAUAAAGAGCUUUCGGAUGCAUAAGGAGGAGGAGGAAGAGGAGGCCCUCUUUCAUGCAAAGCCAAAGUUAAGGCCAACAAAUGUGUUGAUGCAAUUAAUUACAUGUGGAUCAAUCUCUGUGAAGGAUCACCACAGCUUUGGUCUGGUGCCGACCUACAGGCCGAGACUCUCCCAUGUAAAUUUAUCUUCGCCAAUGUUUGGUGGAUCCAUGAUGCUUGGAGAGAUUGACUACCUGUCGGAGCAUCCGAGGCUAAUGGGAUCGAGAGUAGAAAGCAAGGAAUAUUUCAGUGGGAGCUUGAUUGAGCUGAAGAAGUACAAGAAUAUAGUAAGAGAAAUGAUGCUGCCCACUCUUAAACGCUCUUCUUCAUACAAUGCAGAUAGGAAUUGCAAGACACCAGACUCAGAGCAGGGCACGGCUAAGCUAAUGGAUUCAUCACCCUCGAAGUGUCUCCCUCGUACGAUUAACAAGCAGCCUAAAAGUGAAGCAAGUAUGUCAUCUAUCUCAGAUGGCUCGAGGAAAUCUUCUGCUGGACUAGAUUGCAGGGAAGUAUCUCAAAGUGAAAACCAAAGGAUCACCUUGUCAGUCAAUGAAUCAUCCACUGGUGUAGAAUCUACAAAAGAAAGAAAGGAGAAGGUGAUCAUGAUCGAGGAAAACUUACAUCGGGAGCUCGUGUAACCAUUCAGUCCAGAGCCCCAUGUUAUGAUAGCGAGGAGGGUUCUGAUUCUUGAGUAGAGCUUUACAAGUUCAGUCCAUCUUUGUCGAACUGUUAGAGUGGUGAGCAUGAAAGGUUGAUAUGUGAUUUGCAAUGGUCU